UUGUGCCGCCAAUAAAAAUCAAUCGAUCGGCCACGGUCGAUAACGUCGAACGCGUUGUAUUCGUACACCGCGGACGUUGGUAGAUCACAAAAUGGCUGUCGUCGUGCGUUUUCCGUGCCAUUAUUUCCCCGCACGAGAUGCCACAUCAGUUGAUCUCGUCCGGAGACUGCGAUCCCGACAGCGUGUUCCGCAAAAUCCGACUUGCACGUUUUUCCGUCUCGCAUUCGCCGUUGCCAUGUACGUAGCGAUGUCGUUCUCGGGCCGCUACGCGAUUUCGUUUCGACGUAUGUCUGAUCGUUUCAACGACCGAUCGGAUGAUUGUUAUAGAUCGAACGAACUUUGCGGCACCGCGAUGAAAAGUACAGUGAUGGACGUGGACAACGCCGAGUCAGAAACGAUGCCGCUGGACUUGUCGGUGAGAAAAUCGAGCCCGGUGCCGACGGAACGCAACGAUCCGGAACCGGAAGAAGCGUCGCCACCGGACGAGGACCGUAAACCGACGCCGUUGGACUUGAGCCCUGGCAGUUUGGUACCGCCGCCGCCGCCGCCUUCCACGAUCAGCUGCGAGCCGUUCGCGCAACGCGCUUCCGUGUUGGUGCGGUCCCCUAAGGCGGCCGCUCCAGCAACGGCCGGCAAGGACACCCAUCGGGUGCCCGUCAUGUCGCCGCUGAUCGCAGACCACGUGUCGCCGCUCGGCCACUUUGCCGCCAUGCCGGACGCGUACCAGCACAUUUUCGCCACCGAGUACAACCCGUACUUCGCCGCGGCCGCAGCGGCCGCCGUGGCCGCGGCUACCAGUGCCCCGCAACCGCCGCUACCACUACCGCCGAUCACCGCUCAGUUCCAUCACCACCACCACCAUCACCAGCAACAGCUCCAGCUGCAGCAGCAGCAGCUCCAACUGCAACAGCAGCAGCAGCUCCAGCUUCAGAUACAACAACAGUUGCACCAACAGCAGCAACAGCAGUUGUCCACAUACGGCGGCCACGCAUUCGAAUUAAACCCGAUGACGAUGAAGCCGAAUAUGACCAGCCCGAUGUAUGUGGCCACCGCGUCGCCGUCGUCGUCCGAGUCCAACCCGUUCCCGUUUGGCGGCUACGACUGUUUCCCCAAGACUGCGGCCUACGGUUUCGGGUAUCCGACGUAUUUGGACGGAAUAUUCGGCACAGGAGGACCGGGCGAAUACGGCAGCUGCGGCGGCGGCGGCAGCGUCGGAAUGGACAGUAGCGGCAGCGGCUGCCGUUCGGACGACUGCAUGUCGCCCGAGUCGACGACUGUCGACCACCUGAACAUGUGCUCAGCCGACAACCCGGACGUAGACCCCGAGGAGGUAGCGGCCAUCUACAGACAGUCAGACUUUGUGUCAUUCCGGAACCGGUACUUGGAAAGCUUGGGGCCGCCGAAGAACUUUGAAAAAAUGAGACGGUCCAUACCGAACAAGAUGAACGGGGGGCAGCACAUGUUCGAUCAGACGUACGUGAUGAAGCGCCAGAAGAACAAUGAGGCGGCCAAGAGGUCCAGGGACGCGAAACGUCAGAAGUACAUUGAGAACCAAAUCAGCGUCAUGUACCUCACGAAGAAAGUGAGCGAACUAAAGGAAAUCAAAAGACGGCUGUUGAUGUCCAUGUGACCGCGGACACCGGUCGGUGGCGGUACAGCUCGUGCAAAAUUGAUAAGACCGUUCUAGUCUUAUUAUUAUGAUUAUUAAGUUUUUUCUCGAUUAUCACAAAUUAUCAUGAUAACAUUAUAACAUGUUUAAUAGACAUUACUUUUAUUUUUAUUUUUUAUCGAGUAUUUAUUAGGUAUUUUUUCCGACGCGCUGAUUUUUUCGUAUUGGUACACCUACCAAAAAAAGAAACCAGGGGCUUAUUUAUAUUAAAUUGAUUUGCUUGUAUUUAUUUAUUAUGUACCGUUUUGAUUUUCUAAUAACGUGACGAAUUUAUAUUUAUAUAUAUAUGUAUACCUACUUGUAAUUACUUGUAAUUAUUCAAUAUGUCGGCUAAUUCCGAGCGUAGAACAAUUUAAACGUUUUAUAUUAACAAAUAAAUAAAUUUUGUAUGCUUUUA